AUGGGCUCCAUCGACGUCGCAUCAAUCGUGGCAUCCAUCCUCGCCGCCUUCACCAGCAGCAUCGACGUAUUCAACCGCCUCAAAGGCAACAAGAAAAAACAACGUCCCUCACGCGCCCGACCACCACGUCCAUCCGAAGAGGAAGAAUGGCUUCGCCGAUCCCUAACAGAACGACCAAUUGAAAUCCGACAUUUAUACGAUCAAAGUCGAGCAACACAUGGUCCUUCAUUUGAAAUGGGUGAUGGGCCCGCCCAUUCCAGUCUGGCACAUACGCUUCUCGUGCUCAAUACGGGUUUAAUCAAUCUACUCAAUAAUGCUUUGCAUCGGCGAGGAGAUUCUAAAGCUAGGGAGGCUUCGAGGAGAAGUUUGUAUAAUCUAUCGGAGAGUGCGGCUUUGGAUACGUUGUUGGCCUUAGGGCAAUUGAAUUCAAGGUUGAGUUUGAUGAGAGGUGGCGGUGGUGGUAUUCCGCCGGUUGUGUCGAGGGGCGAGAGGGAUGAGCGGUAUCACGGGUUAGCGAAGAGACAGAAGAGGAGUAAACGGGAUGAGCAGCAGCAGCAGCAGCAGCGACAAGAAGGGGCAGCUGGUGCAGAGCAGUCGUCAUCGUCGUCUUCUAGGAAACAUCACCCUCCUCUACCAUCUUCACUUCUCGCCCAUGGAGGCAAGGUACGGUCCAAGAAUGGAUCGUCAGUUGUUUCGGCCACCGAGGCGAGAAGACUUACACAGCAAGUCGACAGUCAUCAUGACAAGUCGAGAUCGAAUGAUUCUGCUGCAUUGCCUCAGGAUUCUAUCUCGCAGAUCAGUCUGAUGAGAGACCAGAAGAGGAAAAAGUCCAGACCUCCAAAGGACAACGUGGAUGCCUAUCAACCACAUAACCAUAACAACGAUCGUAUCUCUCCAGGCGUUUAUCCUUCUCUGUCUGAUGGGCCACCAUGGCAAUCUGAAGUCGAGCCAGAACCGAGUAUGCUCCUUGUGUCUGUUGCUUGUUUCGAAGAACAGCAGCCAUUGCGGGAUCCUAUGCGUGUGGUCCCUCGAAAGUUAACCUCAGGUUCACAUUCUCGACCCACGUCGACGGCAACCUUCUUGUCGACAAGUACAAAGAUUGGCGAGAUUCCUGAACACCGUCGAUCAGAUCGAAAUAAACCACUUGAUAGACAUGUCCCUAGAAGAAAGGUUCAGCCCAUCCCGCCACCGUUGGAACCGCAAUUGUCCGGUGCAAAGGCCAGCAGAUUCAUGUUCUGGAAGAAAACCCAUAAGCCCCUUGAUGCGGCUGUCGGAUAA